AUGAAGUCCAUAUUCACCCUCACCACCCUCCUCCUCACCACGGCCUCGGCCCUCCCCUUCUCCGUGUCCCCAUCCCACCGCGGCCCCAGAGCGCUAGCCACGCGCUCGAACUGCACGGCGCACGCCGUCAGCGCGGACGCCGAGCCGGACACCGGCGGCGCCGGCCUCAACAUCACCAACGCGGACAACCAGACGCGGUCGUACUUCGUGUACGAGAACGGCUGCGACACCGUGCCUGCCAAGUACCUCUCAGUCGACGCCGGCGCGACCAAGUUCCUGCCCCUGCCCGCCGGCUUCCAGGGCCGCGUCGUCCGCGGCACGACCGACGUCAACCUCGACGGGUCGGCCCAUACCCUGGGCACCUGGGUCGAGAUCGGGCUCGACGCCUCGGGAACGGGCUGGGCCGACGUCUCGCUGAUCCGCGGCAUGGACGGCGCGGUCACGAUCGCGUCGGCGGAUGGCUCGGGCGCGAAGACCGGGUUCAGCGAGAAUAGUGUCCUAGAUGAUGCGACGGAGUCCAUAUUGGAGGCUAAGCCGUCGGGCGCGAUGGCCAUCAAGGCGACGGAGGACUGGCAGGCUGCGCUGCUGUCGAACGUGGUCAGUUACCUGGCGGGAAAGCUCGGGUACGCCGUCGCGUACAUCGACGACUACCACGGAAACCCGGUCAUCAGCUCGUCCAACAGCCGCUUCGCCGUUACGUUCUACGAGGGACGGCCCUAA